GAUUGUCACAUGGGUGGUUAUUAGCCUCCCUAUAAAGGCUAUAAUUUGUAAUCUGUUUUUGGAUGUGCAUAUAAUUCAACUUAAAAAUAACCUUUGCAACUUGUAGAGUUGGAUGAGAGGACAAAUGCAAUGUUAAGGAUAAUCGAGGGAGAUGCAGAUUCGUUUGUGCGAAGAGCAGAGAUGUUUUACAAGAAACGCCCGGAGCUCAUCAGUAUGGUCCAAGACUUCUACAAAGCCCACCGCUUAUUGGCUGAAGGCUAUGAUCAACUGAAGUCCGAAUCUGGUGCUCGUAUGAUUUCGCCUUGGCAAUUGCCCCACCAAACUUUGAGCUUCAAGUGCCAGGCUGAGCAUUCGGCGACCUCAACUUUCAUAGCUUAUGAUAGCCAUUCAGAAAGCUUUGAGCUUGAGGAGUCCGAGUUGUCUGAUGUUGAAGACCCUGAAGAAGCCAUAACUAAUAAUAAUCAUCAAAAUGGAACAGAGAAAGUCUCGGUCUGCAAUGGUGAAGUAUUGAAAGAUGAUAUAAAGAGAGAUGAGAUCUCAAGCGUUGUUGACAAUGACGAAGUGGAGAAGCUGAAGGAAGAGAAGGAGAGACUCGAAGAAGAGACCAGAAUUCAAAAGGAACUGCUGGAGCAGAAGGACGAAGAAAAGCGAGAAGCCAUCAGACAACUCAGUCUGGCUAUGGAUUUGCUGAGGCAAGAAAAUGCAAGCCUGAAGAAGAGUGUCUGCUACUUGAAUGCCGGUAGGGAAAUGCAACACCCUCCCAAUAAUGAAGGGCACCACAAAGAAGGGUUCUGGAGGAAGUUCCUCCGCGGUCAUCCAAAAUCAGAAAUCGGUCUGGUUACUUUCUAGGCUCCAAAUAUAAUUGCAUCUUACUGAAGAUGAUGCAGCAUGUAAAAUACCACAAUCUGCUCUAGUCUGGUUUCAUUAGUGAUGCUUCCAUGUAUUGCAUUCUAGCAGAUAUUUUU